AUUGCCUACUCUGCCACACCACACCCAUUUUCUCUUAAAUUAAUUAUCUUUGCUUCACUGUGUUCACUUCAUUCAGUUCAGUGCUCUUUAGCUUCAAUUUCUCUCUGCUCAUUCUGAUUUUCAGGAACAAUGUCUGAGAAAACUACAGCCGAAAAGCUUCUCAACACCCUCGUGGAAACACUAGAGAAGCAAAAAUCUGGAUCAUUCUUUGAGAAGCAAAACUCUGGGUCAUUCUUUGAGAAGCAAAAAUCUGGGUCAUUCUUUGAGAAGCAAAACUCUGGAUCAUUCUUUGAAGAUGUGACGGCAAACUCAAUGACCUCCCAGUUCAAUAAAUUGUUUGGACGCGAGAAACCUGUGCACCAUAUUUUAGGCGGUGGAAAAUCUGCUGAUGUCUUGUUAUGGAGGAACAAGAAGAUCUCUGCUAGCGUUUUAACCGCUGCAACAGCUAUUUGGGUGCUUUUUGAAUGGCUUAAUUAUAAUUUCCUAUCUCUUCUAUUCCUUGCCCUGGUUCUUGUCUUGUCUGUACAGUUUCUUUGGACAAAUGCUUCCACCAUGUUUAGCAGGAAGCCAUCUAAAGCUCCUCGUUUGGUUCUCCCAGAAGAUUUAUUUGCAAAUAUCGCAACUGCGGUUGGUACUGAGGUUAACCGUGGUUUAAGGGUUCUUCAAAAUGUUUCAUGUGGAGGAAACUUGAAGCAAUUUGUUCUUGCUGUAGUAGGCUUAUGGGCUGGUGCUGUGCUUGGGAGCUGGUGCAAUUUCUUGACUGUCAUGUAUAUCGGUUUUGUUGCUGCACAUACUCUCCCGGUUCUCUACGAAAAGUAUGACGAUCAGAUUGAUAACUUCGUGUACAAGGUAAUUGAUCAGAUGCAAACUCAGUAUAAGAAGGUGGAUUCUGGUUUGCUUAGCAAAAUCCCCAAGGGAAAUAUCAAAGAAAAGAAGGUUGAAUAGGUUCAUGUUUAUGUAGAUGGUUUGAUUUUUAAUAUCCAUUUCUCACUUGUGAUGAAAUUGGGACACAACUGAAUUUGUUGCUUCUACUUUGACUCUAAUAUUUUCUAUGUUGGAGUCUUCAAAAUUUGUGCUAUGUUCAUUAUUGACUCAUUGGUGGAAAGUAGAAACCACAAUAAUUUCCUUAAA